GAGCGGAAGCGGAAGCGGGGAGCGGCGGCGGGAUGGCGGCGGAGGGCGACGUGGAGCUGGAGCUGGAGACGGAGCCCAACGGCUCCGGUGGCGGCGGCGAUGGGGCGGGCGGGCGCGCGGCCGAGAAGCCGCGGAAGCACGACAGCGGCGCGGCCGACCUGGAGCGCGUCACGGACUACGCGGAGGAGAAGGAGAUCCAGAGCUCCAACCUGGAGACGGCCAUGUCGGUGAUCGGAGACCGAAGGUCCCGGGAGCAGAAGGCGAAGCAGGAGAGGGAGAAGGAACUGGCCAAAGUCACCAUCAAGAAGGAGGACCUGGAGCUGAUUAUGACAGAGAUGGAGAUCUCGCGAGCAGCCGCGGAGCGCAGCCUGCGGGAGCACAUGGGCAACGUGGUGGAGGCACUCAUCACCCUCACCAACUGAGCGCCGCGCCAGCCAAGCACUCCCUUGCCACACAUGAGACUGGCUGGAAAGGGGCUGUGUUACCUUACCCAAUAAAGGCACUGCUGGGA